GGUGGAAAGAAGACAAUGGAGAAUCAGGAGAUUCAGGGAGUGCUGGUUUGGCCUCUGCAAAGAAAAUUUGAGAGGGUUCACAAGACGAACACAAAGAAGGAAUGUUUCGGAGGAGGAAGAAGGCCUGGAUGUAAGGGAUUUCUGACCAUUGCCCUAUCUUCAACAGUAAUUGUCAAGGUUCUUUGGCAUGGAUAAAUGUUCAGUGGGAGGAUUAGAACUGACUGAUGCUUUAUUAGGGAGUACAGCUAUGACAACUAGUCUCGUGGAUAUAGGAGAUUCAUUUGGUGAUCCAACUAGUCGUUCAGUUAAAAGAUCUAGAAACUCAUCAGUGGAAGAUGAUGAUGACGUUGUAUUUAUUGAAUCUAUACAACCUCCUUCAAUUUCUGCUCCUGCAAUAGCUGAUAAAAGAAGCUUUAUAUUUGCAUCAUCAAACAAUGAAAAGCCACAAGGAAGUGGUUCUAUAAUUCUUCCUUCUUCAAGAGAUUUGGCUUCUCAGAAGGGAAAUAUAAGUGAGACCAUUGUUAUUGAUGAUGAAGAGGACAUAGAAACACAUGGAAAGGAGGAGAAAAAUUCUUCUAGUUUUAUUGAAUGGGGACUUCCUGAAACUGAAAACAGAACCAAAGAUUUGGAUUUCUCUACUUCCAGUCUUUCAAGAAGUAAGACCAAGACUGGAGUAGGACCUUUUAAUCCUGGUAGAGUGAAUGUGACAGGAGACGUGUUUCAGAAUGGAGAAUCAGCAACUCAUCAUAGUCCUGAUUCUUGGAUCUCCCAGUCAGCUUCAUUUCCCCGUAAUCAGAAACAGCCAGGAGUGGAUUCUUUAUUGCCAAUGGCCUUACUUCCUAAACAGAGUUUCCAGCCUUCUGCCCAACAACAACUUAUUAAACCAGCUAAUAUCACUUGUGCAUAUUGCAAAAAUCCUUUACAGAAGGGACAGACAGCUUAUCAACGGAAAGGAUCAGCUCACCUCUUUUGUUCUACUACCUGCCUUUCUUCCUUCUCUCACAAACGUACUCGAAAGACACGAAGUGUAAAAUGUAAAAAAAAUGUAUCUGCAAAGGAGGCUACUGUUCCUCUGGUGGAAACAAGCAAAUUCUUCCAAGAAUUUUGUAGUACAUCUUGUUUGUCUCCCUGUGAAGACAACCAGAAUCUUAAAAAGGGAGUUUUUAAUAAAUCAAGAUGUAUAAUCUGUAAUAAAUUAACAGAGAUUCACCAUGAAGUCAGCGUAAAUAAUGUAACACAUAAACUGUGCAGUAACCACUGCUUUAAUAAGUACAGAAUAGCAAAUGGCCUAGUAAUGAACUGCUGUGAACAGUGUGGGGAGUACUUGCCCAGUAAAAGCACUGGGAACAACAUCCUGAUGAUUGAAGGCCAACAGAAGAGAUUUUGCUGCCAAAGUUGUGUUAACAAAUACAAACAGAUGAUGGAAACACAAUCAGAGAAAUUAUCACCAUCAGAAAAUAGAAAAAGAAAUGCUGUUAGAGAAGAAAAUGAAAGACAAUUAUAUGGAUGGUCAGGUACACUUUUAGAAAAAAUAGAGGGACUACCAGAAAAAAAGGGAAAGACUUCAGAGCUACAGAUUUCUACAGAAUGUAGUACAGAUACAUUACUGAUCAAAGAGAACAUGAGUUUAUCACCUUGUUCCAUGUCAACCAUAGCUGAUAAAUUUCAAGAGCAACUGGAAGCGAAAAGAUCAGAAGACUCUGUUAUACCAAUUGUGCUUUCUGCAGAUCCAGGUACAUGGCCCCGAGUUUUGGAUACUAAACAGCGUGACACUCUUGUUGAAAACGAUCCACCUCAAGUAAGAAAUUUUAACUUUCCCAAAGACAAUACAGGGAGGAAGUUUUCAGAAACUUAUUAUACACGCAUUCUUCCAAAUGGUGAAAAAACCAUUAGAUCCUGGUUACUUUAUUCAACCUCAAAAGAUUCUGUGUUUUGUCUACAUUGUAAGCUCUUUGGGGAAGGAAAAAAUCAACUGAAAAAUGAGCAUGGGUGCAGAGAUUGGCAGCAUUUAUCACAUAUUCUUAGUAAACAUGAAGAAAGUGAAAUGCACAUCAAUAAUAGUGUUAAGUAUUCAAAAUUAAAAUCUGAUCUGAAAAAAAUUAAAACUGUUAAAGCUGCAGAACACAGAUUAUGUGAAGAUGAGAAAAAUGAUGGUGUGCUGUUGUUGUACACAUAAUAUACUUGAUUUGGUUUGGGGUCUUAAAUACCUCAGAAAAAAAUAUGUACCAUAAUAGUCAAUAACUAAUGUGUUAAAAGGCAGAGUAACUUGAAACAGAUCAUUAGCAAUAAGUAUAAUAGCAAAUAAAUAGCAAAGCAUAUUUUUAUUCCAAAUCUAAAACUAAUUGGAUUUAAUAGUCAUUAAUGCAUAUUUUUAAUAAAGGCAAUUAUUAAUUUUCCCUGCCUAUAAAUAUAGUAUGCCUUCUUUUUUUUUUUUU